GAGUGGAGUCAAUGUCGGCGCCGCAAUUGUUCACAGUUUUUGUGCGUUUUUGGCCGACGGAUGGGGCUGGCGCAUGAUAUUUUACGGAACAGGUGCCUUAUCAAUCAUCAUGUCGAUGAUUUGUUUCGUUUUCGUAAACAACAGACCAAUAGACGACAAGUGGAUUUCUGAAAAAGAGCUCGCAUACAUUCUACAUGGAAUCAAAGCUACUUCAAAGGGGAAAGUUGUCCAUCCUUACAAACGAAUUUUAUCAUCACUUCCGGUUUGGGCAGUUUUUUCGUCUAGGUUCACUGUGAUGUGGAUUUGCACUAUUCUGCUGACCAAUCUUCCACUAUACGUUAAAGAUUUAACUCAACAGAGCAUCACUCACGUUGGAAUGAUGUCUUCACUUCCGACAGCCAUUAGCAUAUUUUUGAUUCCUAUUUGCGGAAUACUGAUGGAUUGUAUCAAGAAAAACUUUAAAAUUUCUGCGACAACGCUGUACAAAAUAUUCAUCAGUGGACCGCUUCUGUGCAACAGUGCUUUAUUUUUUUGUUCUGCAGUACUGUCCAAUUUUACAGUAUCAAUGGUUUCCUUCGUCUUGAUUAUGGUCUUACAAUCAAUUGUUACUCUGGGAUCACAGAUUGUCACAAUCAGUAUUGCACCUAACAGCAGCAGUGUUAUUGCCGCAUUAGGCAUGUUCGGGGUCAAUUUGAGUAGUAUUUUGGCACGCAGCAUCACAGGAUUCAUGACCAUGAAUCACAGCGUAGAAGAAUGGAACAAUUGUUUCAUGUUGACAAGCGGGGUGUUGCUUUUUGGAGCAAUAUUUUUCAUAUUAUUUGGAUCUAGCGAAGUUCAAUCGUGGGCAGCGUCACCAACAAAGGAACAGGGCGAAUCUCUUUCCGCCAACGAAAAUCGCGUCGAACCAUCAUGAAGUCCCAGAAGACUAUUUCAGACUCUUUGAUCAAGGAAACAGUCGAAGAAUUGGUUCGAAAUAGUAUUACUUUCAAUCAUACCAGUGACAAUGUUGAUCUUUUCACUUUAAUUCUUUUAAAACUUUUGUUUUGUAACCUUUGUUUUAUUCAUCAGUACCUAAGUAGGUAUCGGUUUUCUAUAAAAAGUAUAAAAAAUUGAAAUGAAAAAAAUCUGCUGUAAAUUUUCUACGUUAAUUCCACAUUUUAUAGCGAGAAAAUUGAAUAAAAACUUCACAUAGAACAAGGAGGCUUUUUUACAACCCAAACAAGCAUCCACGUCGAAGUUUAUUUCAAUGCGUGGAAGGGGGAGUGCAUUACUCAAAAUUUCUCUUAUUCAACAAAGCUAUCUCAAACACAUUCAUAAAACAAUUAAAAUUAUAAUAAUUUUACUGCAUAGAAACUAAGUUCAGACCAUAUCUUAUCGCAGAAUGUAAAUCCUUAACAGAAUGAUAAAUUUUGUGCGUGAAAAAUACGUAAAUCUUAAUGUGGCUGAGUAAAUAUUCCUCCCAACAAAGUUUUCCGCCAUUUGAGAGUUGUCGUAGUGACGAUGGUUAUGGUUACAAGUAUUAAAAUUUUUCAAAUCAAAUUUCCACACAAACUCGCGACUUCAGAUCACAGAAAUGGAACUCACAGCUGAUGCAAACAUAUCAGAAGUCUCCAAAUCAUUCCUCCAAUACCAAAAUGGAAAAAUACCAAACACAUUUGUCGCAGGUAAACCUCCGUUAAUAUUCUCAAAACGAUUUGUGGUGGUCAUUCUGAUGUUUUUGAGCUACGUGAAUGAAAUGAUCAUAAGAAACAACAUGAAUAUCGCGGUCAUUGAGAUGACAUCUAAUAAAUCAAUUUCAGAAGACAAUUCUAACAUAACAAUGCCAGCAGAAUUCGACUGGGAUCCAAAACUCAUAGGAAUUAUCAUAAGCACAAUACCAUACGGAGGAUUUUUCUCUAUAAUAGGAGGAUUUAUGGCUUCCAAACUGGGAGGCUCGGUUACUUGCUCAAUAUCCAUGAUGAUUUGCGGUAUACUGACCAUGUUUCAUCCCCUCAGCGUAUAUCACAGUUUGAAUGCAUUAUUAAUUUGUCGUUUUUUGACCGGAAUACACAUAUGUUUUUACACAGUGAGCGCUGCAGAUGUAUUAUCACAUUGGGUUCCCAGACCCGAGAGGUCGACACUGAUGGCAGUUGCUUUCAAUGGGGUAUGUGUAGGUCAAGCGAUCGUGAACCCUAUUUGCGGAUUUAUUGCCCACGAAUGGGGAUGGCCAAUGGUAUUCUAUGUCACAGGUGCCAUUUCUUCGGUAUUGUCUUUAAUAUUAUUCUUUGUUGUGAAAAAUCAUCCUUUACAAGAUAAACACAUCUCUAGAAAAGAGCUUUCCUACAUAUUGUCAGGCCUUGAUCACACAUCCACCAAAAAAAUUAAUCAUCCCUAUAAAUUGAUCCUCACAUCAUUACCAGUUUGGGCUUUAUACAGCGCCAUCUUUUCCAGCAGUUGGUUGGUUACAGUUUUGCUCUUAUGUUUGCCACAGUUCAUCAAAGAUAUGACUCAAAGAAAUACCAAAGAUGUUGGGUUGAUAUCUUCAAUCCCUAAUUUUGUAAGCAUAUUCAUGUCUCCAAUUGCCGGAGCUUUACUGGAUUAUUGGAAGAAUAAUACAAAAAUAUCGACCACUCGAAUGCAUAAAAUAAUCAUCGGUUUCGUAUUCCUUAGCCAAAUGGGUUUGUUUGUAGCCUCCACAUUCAUUUCCAAUAUGUCCGUAUUGAUAACAUUUUUCACAAUUAUUGGAACAUUAUGGCCAUUCACUUCGUUGAUUUUACAAAUAAUCCUUGUCAGCAUAGCACCUAAUGAUACCAGCAUAAUUUCUGGCUUUUUAACAUUUUGGUUCUGCUUCAGUACAGUUGUAUCACGAACUGCGAUAGGUUUCAUGACAGUUGAACACAGUCGAGAAGAGUGGAAUGAAACGUUUAUCCUGACUUCAGUAGUCUUGCUAAUUUCCACAUUGGUGUUUGCAUUUUAUGGGUCAAGUGAAGCUCAGUCUUGGUCAGUGUCGUCAUCAGAACACGAAAAUCUGGACCAGAAUUACGAACACUACAGCGAAGAAUUGAUAGAAAAACGACUUCCUAAAAUUUACUUGGGAAAGGUCGAUGUGAUGAAAUAAAGAGUUUUG